AUGGCAGCCUACGGAAAAAGCGAACAUCCCAAAGUUCAACUUGAUGGGCGUUCACUGGGUUUGCCUGUAGUGCAUCAAAGCGGAGACGAUGAAUUUCUCCUUGACAUUGGUGACGUAAACACUGCGGAUGUUGAUGAGCUUUUGGAGAUCUUUGAGGAAGUCCUAAAGGACGGACAAUCAUAUCCACAAGAAAGCACUACCCGACAAGCAUUUGUCGAUUAUUUUUUUGGGCUAUACACUUUUGUUGUACGAUCUUCAAAAGUCUCCACCGGUAGUCAAAAGGGCAAAGUGGUUGCAGGUUUUUAUAUCAAAUCAAACUUUCCAGGUCGGUCAUCGCAUCUGGCGAACUAUGGCAUCAUGGUGCACAGUGCCUUCCGAGGCAAAGGUUUAGCGAACUUUAUGGUCGAGCAGUGUGUCCGUUUAGCGCCUUUGGUCGGCUUCAAGGCCCUCUACACAAAUCUUGUGUACACCACAAAUAUUGCCAGCAUCAAGACAUGUCAGAAGUAUGGGUUCAGUCAGGUCGGACGCGUUCCCAAAGCUGGCCUGCUUAAAGGACUCGG